AUGUCUUGGGAGGAAGUUACAGACGAGGAAGGCAGAGUUUACUACUACAACUCUGUUACACAGGAAACUACAUGGGAUAGACCCGAUGAACUGGAUACACCGCUUGAUAGGGCAUUAGCAGAGACCGUCUGGCAACGGUUCACUUCUGAUGAUGGAAAACCGUAUUACUACAACAAAGAGACACAGGAGAGUGUGUGGGAUGUUCCCCAAGAGGUGAAAACGGCACUGGAGGCUGCUGGUAUCGAACUACCAGAGGCCGCUGUGCCGACUGAAGAAGCAGAUGAAGUUGUGGACAACGAUGGACAAGACCAGCGAGAGUCCAAUCGUCAGGAAACUGUUGAAGCAGAAGAGAGUGAGCAAGUGGGAAACAAGUUAAUUGAUCUGGAGUCUCUAAUAAGUGAGAUCCCGGAGGAGAAAACCGAGAUAGAUAGCGUUUCAAGUUCACCAAGCCAGGCCCAGGAGCAUUUCGUAGAGAUGCUCGAAGAAAAUAAUGUUGAUUCCAGUUGGUCUUUCAACAAAGUGAUGGAGUCAUUUAUUGGAGAGCCAAGGUACUGGGGCGUGGGUGAUUCACUAAUGCGCAAACAGAUCUUUGAGUCUUAUCUGAUCAACAGAGCUGAUAGGGAAUUCAGAGAGACAGAGGAUUCUAAAGAAGCAUUCAAACAGAGUUUCUUGAAAGUCCUGGCCAAUUACGAUAUCAAGUACUACACCAGAUGGAAGACUUGCCAGAAGAUGAUCAUGGACGAACCCAUGUUCUCGCUGGGAUCCGAUAGUGUGAAAAAGCAAAUCUUUGAAUCGUACACUGCGGAAUUGAGAUCGAAGAACGACGAGGAAGUGAAACAGCGGAAGAAACAAGCAAUAUCGGAGCUUGAUGAUUAUCUGAGAAACACAUUCAAAUUGUCGAUGAAAGACCAAUGGGAUGACAUAAUAAGCAAGCUGGAGAAUGAUAAGAGGUUCAAAGACAACAAAAAUUUCACUGUGCUGAGCAAGCUCGACAUGCUCACGGUUUAUGAGUCGAUAAUGCGCGAGUUCGAACGUGAUUUUGACCUAAAGGUACGUGCUGAGAGAAAGAUAAACUACCGAUCUGAUAGAAAAGCCAGAGACGGCUUCAAGCAGUUACUCGAAGAACUGACUACAUCCGGCAAGUUGAAGGUGAACGCAAAGACUAAAUGGUACCAGAUAGUUGCUGCUAUGAAAGACGAGAAGCGAUUUGUGGAUCUCUGUGGGAGACGUGGAUCCUCAGCAAUUGACUUCUAUUGGGAUCUGAUAGACAACGAGAACCAGACUUUAAGGGCUAAAAAGGAUAUUGUCAAGCAAACAAUUGUCGAGUAUAAUCUGACAACCAGCGUCAAGUACGUUGUUUCUGAAGAGCCUUACGACAAGUUUGUGGAAGUUUGCCAGACCAAUCCUGUUUGCAGAGACUAUCGCGGAGACGACUUCAGGUUGAUCUACGAGUCUCUCACUUCUGACGAGUCAGCUGAGGUUACAAAACGCAGGAAUGAACAGAAGAGACAUGAUGAAGCUAAGAAGAGAAAGGUGACGAGUUCAUCCAUUGGUGGUCCUCCUAAGAAGCUGCAGACUCUUGGUUACGGGUCGUUGCCCACGUUGUGA